AUGGUAUACAGAAAUACCACUAGAGUGUCAGAGUUCAUUCUCCAAGGAUUUACAGAGGACCUAGAAGCGAAGAUAAGCCUCUUUGUAUUAUUUCUCUUCCUUUAUUUUUUUUGCUUGGUAGGGAAUCUGGGAAUGGUUGUGUUGAUCAGGAGCAGUCCUCAGCUCCAUACCCCCAUGUACUUUUUCCUGAGGCACUUUUCAUUUAUGGACGCCUGCGUAACUUCGACCAUUGCCCCCAAGAUGCUGUUGAACUUCUUGAUGAAGAGCAAAGUCAUCUCUUAUAGUGGAUGCAUUGUCCAGUUUUUCAUGUUUUGUACUUUUACUGAUAUAGAGGCCUUCAUCCUGGCUGUUAUGGCAUAUGAUCGCUAUGUGGCUAUUUGCAAGCCACUGUCCUAUUCAGUCAUCAUGUCAAAGCCAUUUUGUAUUUGGUUGCUCGCUGCAGCGUACAUUGGGGGUGUCAUCAGCUCUCUCAUUCAUACUUGUGCAUCUCUAAGGUUAUCAUUUUGUGGGAAUAAUUAUGUCAACCAUUUCUUCUGUGACUUGGCUGCCCUGAUAGCCUUAGCCUGCUCAGACACAUCUCUCAAUGAGUUGCUGCUCUUUAUCUUUGGCACCUUGGUUGAAGGGUUCAACAUUGUGACCAUCCUCACCUCCUAUGCAUUCAUAAUCAUGACUAUUGUCAGGAUGCACUCUACAGAAGGCAGGCUCAAAGCCUUCUCUACUUGUGCCUCUCACUUGAUAACUUUUGCCCUCUUUCAUGGCACUAUAUUGUUUAUGUACUUCCGGCCGUCUUCUGAGUUCUCAAUGGACACGGACAAAAUGGUUUCAGUAUUUUACACUGUUAUCAUCCCCGUGCUGAAUCCUUUGAUCUAUGGUCUAAGGAACAAGGAUGUAAAGGAUGCCAUAAGGAAACUGUUAAGAAGGAAUAUAAAUCCUCCCUGA